UACUACUAUAGUACACAAUUUUUUGAAUUUUGAAUCUACCUUCUUCUUGCAUGUUUUGCCCACCAACUUACAUAAUGGGUUCAUCUGUAGCCGUCCACUUUAUCAGAUCGAACGGCCCACAUUACCCGGAUUCGCCACCCACCUAAUCCCGCCAAAGCCUGAACUCAGUCGCCUCUUCUGGAAGACUCCACAACCCACGCUCGCCUCCAGCAAAUCUAUUCCCGCCAAGGCUCCAGCAAUUCGAUUCCCCGCCAAGGCGCAGCCUCUCUCACUUCACCACCACAUCCAUAUGCUCUGUGUGAAAUUUCUCUAGCGUGUACAUCUCACACCACGAUCUCCGCCAAUUCAUAACCGCCGGCCACGCCCCAGCUCCUUCCAAUCACCUCAGCGUACAGAUUGCAGCUUCACCAUCGUCUCCUUGCAAGCUCUGACUUGGUUCGAUUUUUCUUGCCGCCUGGUGAGUCCAGGUUCAUGAGAGCUGGACAUCCUCCUACAACCAGCUGACCAUAGUGCCACCGACGGACCACAAGUUGUGGCUGAAAACACCUGGCUUCUAACAAUCAAGAAUCGAAGUCAUAACCACUAGCUGUCCAGUAAAACCCAAGAGAUGGAAGGCCGAAUUCCUUUCAGAGAUAUUACAAAUGUUCACUCGAUGACUUCACCAAAAGGGAACCAACUAGCUGCGGUUGCAGAGCAGAAUGAUCCUUUAGCAGAAACCAAUAAGGCUAUCCAAAUGAAUUCUUCCCAGCGUAAGCGUUACCGCGACCGGGAUAGGUAUCUGCAAAUGACUCCAUAUCAGAGGGAAGCCUAUCUGCAAAGGAAUCGUGAGUAUAAAAGAAUGCGGCGUGAGUGCAGUGCAAUUUGUAACAACACACAACCAGCACCACAACAGAAAAUUUUGAGAUCUAAUAAUAAGAACCAAUCCAUGACAGGAGAGGAAGUCGUGGGCAGUUCAAACUAUGAGAGGCACGAUUCAGUAUUUACUCAACUAGGGUCUUCAUCAAAAGGCAAACAAGAUAGUGGUGGUUCUGAGACAAGCCGUCCAAAAGCUGGAACUCGGUUCACUAUCAGUCCAUCUGGCAUAUAUUUAUCCUCGAUAUCCUCGCAAGAACAAGCUACAAAGUAUGAAUUGAAAAAUGUGGGUCAGCGUAAGCGACAGCAUUGCACCAAUGUGUACUCACAACUAUCACAUGAUCAAGAAGAAACACAUGUACAAGAGAUUUGUGGCCCUAAUAAAAGAAAGAGGUCAGAAAAAGGAAGUUGUAGUACUGCACGGGAUCCUGGUAGAAAUACCAACAACUUGCAUGAAGACAUCAUUUAUGUGCCCCAGGAUUAUUUUCCUGUCAUUCAUGAUUAUCUGGCAAAUACCGAAGACAACAUUGAGUGCGAUGAGGUGGAUGAUGAAAGUCUUAUGUAUAAUGGGCCAGGUCUUGACUUUGAAUCAUAUCAAGAACCAAAGCUUGUUACAAGAUGUAUACAAGCAGAUCCAUAUGAUCGUAUAUAUCAUAAUGUGCCCAGUGGUCAUCAUUUUCUAGAGCGAGUGCCCAACUGUAGACAUUGUAAUGCGAAAAGGUUCCCAUAUGAGACACCAACUUUUUGUUGCAUGAAUGGAAAGGUGAAGGUAGUAACCCCAGUGGUUCCUGAAGAAUUGCGUCAGUUGUACACGAGUCAGGAUCCAAAUGCAAAAUACUUCCAAGAUCAUAUACGGUACUUCAAUUCUCAUUUCUCUUUUACCUCUCUUGGUGUCAUCUUGGACCAAAGGUUCUGCAAUAGGACGUCUGGAGUUUACACCUUUCGUGCACAGGGCCAAAUUUAUCACCGUAUUGACCAGUUGGUUCCAAAAGAAGAUGGCCCCAAGCAUUUACAGUUAUACUUCUAUGACACGGAUGCAGAUUUGCAACAAAGAUUUCUUCACUCGCCUAACUUAAACCAAAUUCUCAUCCGGAAGUUGGUAAAUAUACUUUCAAGUAACCCUUAUGUACAAAUAUUUAGAAACCUUGGUUCUAUUCCAAACCUUGAUGAAUAUAUGAUUACAGGGGUAAUAUUCUAGCAUGUACAGUACUUAAAUCUACAGAUUUACCGUUCUUCUCUCAGUUAUAGCAUAUAACAGAAAUCGAGAAACAUAAGUUAGCACAUAUCAUUUUUUGUGAUAGCCAUUGGGCUUCACAAGUAUAUGCAAUAAACGCACAUUUUUCAGUUU